UUCAGCCAUGCCUUUAGGGACGUCUUUAUUUUUUAUUGUUUUGUGGUUUUGGGGUUUUUCUCACUGCGGCCUCCAGACAAAGCCUCGAUCCAGCAGGACGGACCAGGAGCUGUUCUGGGGCGCUGACCAGUACGAUUUCUCAGUGGUGCUUCCAGCAGCUGCCACAGAAUGUUUCUGGCACUUUGCUCACCAUGGAGAGACAUUUUACCUGAGCUUCAUGGUCCAGUGGGUGACGGGAGUCGGCCUUGACAGGCACCUGUCAGUCACUGUUAACGCUCCCAGCAGUUUGUUAAUAUCCACUGUUGACGAUGCAAAGGGUCAGAUCAACUUUGAGGUCAAGGAAACAGGUUUCUAUCAGAUGUGUUUGAGCAACUUCCACAACCGCUUCAGCUCAAUGCAGGUCUUCCUCAGCUUCGGCGUUUACUAUGAUAACCAGAACUCUUCCAAAGACCUGGAGAGGGACAUGAAGGAGGAGGAGCUGAACAACACGCUGAGCUUCAUUCAGGCUGCCACGAGUAAAGUGGAGCGCAACGUCUUCCACAUGUUUCGCUUCUACAGCUUCAGCCGCAUGAGGAGGAGCACAGACCACUUCCUGCUGCAGUCCAACUCCCGCUACAUCACAUGGUGGUCGAUGGCCCUCAGCCUGCUGAUCAUCACCUCUGGGUACCUGCAGCUCCUCUUCCUCAAAAGCCUCUUUGUGAGCAAAGCCGAGGCUGAAAAGCCUCGAUGCUGACAGGCAGCGAACAAACCAAGAAACACCCUGAGCAGACUCCAAACUCCCUCUGGUUCUGUGUGAAACAUUAAAGAAA